CAUGGAGGAGGAACAGAGACAGAGGGAGAAAGAAUCCAAGCAGGCUUCAGGCUGGCAGCCAAGAACCCCAGGCGGGGCUCAAUCCCAGGAGCCCUGAUAGGACCUGAGCUGAGAUCAAGAGUUGGACGCUUAACCCACUGCACCACUUAGGUGCCCCUGGAUUAUACUUCUAUGUAUCUCUUGAAUCUGUUUGCCGGUCUUCACCUCUUCUAUCAAUGUCCUACUGCGAUUAAAAAAAAAAAAAAAAACAACAACAGGUUAAGAAUAUGUAAGAUGAAUUAUUUUGUUCUUCCAGUACCCAAAGGCUCGAUAAACCGUAUAAGCCGAGAGCUGUAAUUUUAGGGCCUCUGAAGUUCAGUCUUCUUAUGGUUCCAAACUAGAAAUGUAUAGUCACAACACCGAUGAAGAUGGAGAAACACAAAUACAAUUUGCAGGAAAAUUACUGUCCACCUGCUUCUGCAUUGUUUCUGCCCUUAGCCGAUUUUGGUGACUGCCAGUUCAUGUGUGCUCUACGAGUGCUAUGUGUGUAUUUUAAUUGUUGGAAAAUCUAGAGAAAAACUAGGGUGAUGGGAUAGGGUUAAAGGCUAAAAUGCUCAGACAGCCAAGGUGGUUGCCUAGGAGAAUUAGAAGGGGCCACAGGCAUUGUGCUGUUUUUAUUUUCAACACUUGCUCAUAUUUUUCAUUGCUAUUACCCUGAACAUCAGAAACCAAAUCCGUCAGCACAGGACAGUAGAACGGUCCAGUUGAUUUUCAAAUACCAUGGACUGAAGGUGUUUGGGCCGGGCUUGUACUGUGCUUGGUACUAAGAAAUGGGGCUGUUGAACAAGAUAAGUUCCCUUUCCUUUUAAAGUUUAUUUGCUAGACUGGAGUCAUCCAGACACUGGGAUUCCAGCCAUCAUUGUUUGGCAUUAAGGCUCCAUCUUAACAGAAAAUGAUCCUUGGGGGCGGUAAGGGGCUGGGAUCUCAGUUCCUCCUCUCAGUUCCCCGAGAACAGGUAUUUAAGAAGACCCAACGGUGUUACUUGGGUUGGUUUCGCCGUAAGUGUAGUCUCCUUCCCUGCCUCCAGCCACAACAAGCCUAGACCUAAGAAUGCUUUCAGUGUGCUGGGUCGGUUAUGGGAUGGGGCAGAGGGCUGUGCUUAAGCGCCCAAGGAAGACUUGUUGGAGAUGUCAAGGCCAGGGGGCAGCAUCGGCAAGGAAGCCUCAACUGCUGGGGACCCAGAGCUUUUGAUUCCCUAAUUUCUCCUUGAAUUUGGCUUUUAGAAAAAUAUGCAAAACAACAUAAAAGUGGGAGAGAUCGAUGGAAAAACAAAUCUCUUACGGGAGGCUGGCUCCAACUCAUCGAUACCUGCUGUCGGGAGCCACUGAGGUCCUUCCCGAGGGAGGGGAAGAGCGACCCCGGCCACUGCUAGCGCCUGCGCACUGGCGACGACCUGUGGGCGGAAGCACCGGGAUCUAGACACUUUCGCACUCCGUGAGAACGGCCCGAUUAAAUAUUUCUGUAUUCUGUUGCUGCUGAACCUAUGCCGCGGUGAAAAACCCCGAAUCCCCGAGUGUUGGGAUUGUUUGUUAGCUGUCUCCCCGCUCCUCAGGCACCGCCCAAGACAGCCCCCAGUGAGAGUUGCGAAAGCUCGGGGUCCUGGGUUUCUAUGACGACACGCAGGCGUUCCGGGAAAGGGCGAAGUGACCAGAUGUCUGGCGGGAAACACAAUUCACAGGACUGCCUGAACUAAAGGAGAAAAAAACUAUGGUGGAUCGCUCAAAACCCCUUCCUUCAUCCCUUCAGAAUGAGUUCAUCCCUGAGGAAGUUCUUCUUUCUCUGGCCUCUGCAGCCAGUGCUGGUCCUUGUCCUGAAAACUUACUGCCUCCUAAGAAGACUAAAACCCCAAAGGGCACUCUUCCGCGUCCGACUGACCAAGUCUGGCAUCACCCUAUUCGAAGAACUAAGUUCAAGUACCUGAUUGACCAUCCUGUCUCCCUAACGGGUGCUGGAAGGGAUAUUUCUUUUCUGUAUGAUGUUAAAUAUGUUAAAGGAGAGACUAGGGAGAGUUCGCUUUGUCCCCCACGUUUGGACCGUUCAUUACAGUCAAAUGAUGGUGUCAUUGUGCCUCAUAAGCCAAAGAAAAUAACAGACACUUUGAUUCCUGAAGAAUUUCAUAUUGUGUCAAAUACAGGAGUUUCAGGUUUGGAGUGUUAUGAUGACAAAUAUACUACUCUCCUCACAGAUAAUGAAAACAGGCUAUUGCUCUUCCCAUCCAUGAAACCUAAUAAAAGAGUAGAAGUGGUCCAACUGAAUGAUGUGAUGGACGCCAUGCUAGAGAGGGCUGGUGUGGAGAAUCAGGAAUAUACAGGGCCAACCAAGAUGCACAAACUACUGCAUAUGCUGAAGAAGGAACAGACUAUUUACAAUACAGUAUUUCAUGAACUUAUUCGACAAGUCAGUGUGGACUGUGCAGAUAGAGGAGAACUACUGUCCAAAAUCAGAGAGAGGUAUGUACAAAUGCUUGACCAAAUUGCCCGGCAGAUGAUUGACUUCUACAAAGACAUGGUAACUCAGCGAAUAAUGGACCAGCGCAUUUUGGAAGAAUUGUACAAUUUUAAGAAUGUUACUGAAGAACUGACCAGGGAGCUGUGUCUGGUUCGGGCCCAUGAUAUGAAAUUAACAAAGGAAGCAGAGAAGGCCCAUAGGGAUUUGGCACAAGCUCUCUUAGAUGCUGAAAAGAAUGCUAAGAUUGUAGAAGAAUACCAUGACUUAUACACGUUGCAAAGAGGAAGGAUGGAGUGUGAUAUUAAACAGUUAAUGUCAGAAAGAGAUGUCUGGAGCUCAGCCACAUAUGAAUUGGCCCUAAAGGUAAUUGAAAGAAAUAGAGUUGUGUUGGCUAAAAGACUUUACCUCAAUGAAAAAGGCUGGAAUAAAUAUGCUAAGCAUUUCAUCAUACUGCUGUCAGCCAAGGACACUGCAGACCUUGCACUGUUGCAGAAAUUGACACAGAAAUGGAGAAACUUAAUGAAUAAAUUUAAAAACGAAGUGGAACAAAAUGAAGAAUCUAUAAGGGAGAGAUUGCAAAUUGUUAAGGAUGGCCUUACCAAAUGGCAGCAGGUUUUCAGAAAUAAUAGUGAAAAAGACAUUUUAUCUCCUGAUAAAGAAAAUAUAUUUGAAUCAGUUAUUCCAGAUUUCAAGAAGUGGCAAAAGAUGCUGAAUGAAGAUAAAGAAAAGUUUACUGGAGAUUUUCUGGUGUCGAAAUAUGAUUCUCUCAAGAUUAUUAAACAUUUACAGGAAAACUGGACAGAUAUUGGGUUUGGGAUAUUUGGUCGCCAUAAAAGUAUGGAGGGGGAGCUGCCACCAGAGCAACAGCACAUGAAGGAAAUUGUGAAAACCAUUGGAAGACUCUACAAAGAAUUUGAAAUAAGAAUAAAUGGGGAUAAUGGUAUCUCUAAAAUUCUUUCAAGUUUGAUUAGUUCUCUUGAAUUCUGUUCUUUCAAGAUGGAAAGUGUCCUGGAGUUUCCUGAAAUGUAUCUUAAAGAAUACGAGGAACUUAAUGAAAAAAUUAAUGAAAUAAUAUCUCAGUUGGAUGCCUCAUUAAACAUUGUUGGUACCAUCCCUCCAUAUAUAGACACGGAUUCUGGCUCGGUGCUUCAAGCACAAAUAUUUAACAUGAUUCAACAAUGGCUUUUGAAGAUAGGCAAUGAGAUUAACAAUGGUAACAUUGAACUUCAGCACCAGAUGGAUGAGUUGCAUAUAUCUAUGAUCCAGUGGAUGGUAAGCUUGCUGAUUUUAAUGGUGCCUGACUUUACUGACCAAGACACUCUCCCAAAGUUGGAAAAGGAAAGUGCUGAGAAACAUGAUGUAAGAGUUGCAAAGUUAGAGCUGGACGCAAUCGCACUGGCCAGAAAGUUGUCGCAAUACUCCAGCUAUUUGAACAGUUGUUGCAAAGGGAUGGUAACAGCUAUGGCUCUGAAUAAAGCAGGUCACUUAGAAAAAAAUCCUACUAAGGAUCUUCAUGAACUGAAUGAGAUGAAGAGAGAAUGUCAUGAGUGGAUCACCACAUGUUCUCACCUCCUUUCUGGGCUUAAAGGCAGAGUAAUAAAGUUACUGACACCGGAAGAAAAGGAGUACCUGUUUGGAGAAGAGGAUUUUGUAAAAGAAUUAAUUGAGCCUGAAACAGACAGGUUUUUUAGAGAAGAUGAAGAAGAAAGUAUGGAGGAUAAGAAACUUGAGAAGGAAAAGGAAGAAGAGAAAGAAGAGAAGCCUUCAACAUCCAGAGAAGAGGAAAGACUCAUUCGAAUAAUUGAAAAAGAUGAAAACAUUCAUACCAAACCUCUAUUUGAAACAGAUGUAUUCUCUUCCUGGAGAGAAUCAGCUAGUCAAGGCACACUGGCCCCAAAGUAUCUAGAAGCAAUGGCUAUAAUUGAACGCACACAGGAGAAGCUGAUAGAGUUUGAAAGCAGAGCCAGACAAGCAGAGGAGAAGUUUGAGGAGGUAAAUGAGAAACUUCAUCAUACCCUCAUAAGAAAUAAAGAACUAGAGAGGGAAGUAGAGGAUAUUUUGAUAAGGUCUCAAGAGAGGGAGGCUGAAACACGAAGAGAAGAAGAAAAUGAAAGAGGAGGAGAAGAAGAAGAAAAAGAAGAAGAGGAAGAAGAAGGAAACAAGGCAGUAGAAUGUUCCUCAAAGUCUCUAAAGAAAGAAGCGCAGCGCAAGGAGGGUCUUCUCAACCCUAAGUCCAGGACCCGGACUAAACCCAACUAUAAGACCAAACCCAAGUAACAUCCUCAGGGUGCUGGGCUUCAGCAUGGCUGCCCUCACCGAUACCUGUGUGCUACCGAGCUGACAGUGUGGCUCGAUCCGAGGGACUUCCUGCGCAACAGCUACUGCAAAGGCCGCGAAUAUUUUGUUUUUCCAAGUCGCAGCAGUGGCUGGAGGGAAUAAGUGCAUUAGCUUAUUUCCCAGAUUAAAAAUAGCUGGUGCGAAAGUU